CUCUCUCUCUCUCUCUCUCUCGCUCUUUUUUCCCCCAAAAUCUCCUCUUCUUCUUCUCCUUCGCCUCGCCCUCUCCGUUGAAACCCUCGUCCCCUUCGCCUCCUCAAUCAAGUCCCCUAAUCAUGUGAGGGAUCAAGAACGAACUGCGAUCAUGGGGGAGCGCCAGCUCGAGAGCGCGCAACAGGUAAGGAAAAUUGCCGUCGAUUUAAUGGGGUUUUCUUGUCUAAUCUUGGAAAUUAGGGUUAAAGACGCGAUUAUUUUGGGGAUUUCGGCUGGUGCUAGUGUUGAUUAGGGUUUUGUGGGGUGGAGAGGAUUCGUGAGCUGUGUGGGGACAUCUGUGCGGAGAGUGGUGGUGAUGAGUUUGAUGACAUGGAGGAGGCAGAGGAGUACUUGGAAUUGAACGACUUAUUAGAGUGACACUUUACAGUUUCAUUCAAAAAACUUGGUCUUCGGCAAGCUUCCUGGACCAACCCAUUGAAAUAGGUUUACUUGGCAGAUCUUUAUGGGCUAUUUCAAGAUGGUUGAUCGGUUCAGAACCAGGAGUCAGCAAACCAACUCGAGACUUUGACACUGAGCCUUAAUGUGCCAGAGAAUGAUGCCUAUCCAGAAGAUCCUGGGAUUUCACUGGAGGACAUAUUGAAAUACCCAUAUUUGAUUGAUGAUGACAUGAUAGAUCUUAUUAAUGAACCUGGAGGAAACCCUAGUCUUGUGUACUCGCCGCGUAGUCCUAGCCAGAAUGAUGCAUAUAUAGAAUUGAAUGAUUUUGCCGACACUGUGAAUGGACUAGACGGAGGAAGCAACUUGAGGGGACUCCUUAAUUUUGAUGAGCCAGAACUUUUAUCAAUUCCGGAUAAUUCUGGGGGCAGUUAUUCUGGUGAAUCCGCUCAGCGCAAUGUAGUGUUUUAUGAUGAACCUGGUGAUGACACUGCUAUGGAAGAGGAUGAUUACCUAGAAUUGAAUGACCUUCUCUACUCACCAAUUGCUAGUUUAUCUAGGGGUAAUGUGGAAGAUGACUUAACGGCAUACUUCAAUGAAGCCGAUGAGAAUUCACACCGUGACAAUGUUAGUUCUAAGAAGAAGUCCAACUUUACUCAGGAGGUUGAUGGUGUUGAUGUUACUUCUCGUAAUGCCACUCCAGAGGCCUUGGAGCCACAUACUCUAUGUGGUGAAUCAUCGUCUGCAAGGGUACCAGAGGUCAAUAAUCAUAUGGGCAGUGAAAAUGUAGAUUUCAAUAAUGCGAGAGGGAAUGAUGCUAGUAAAAAACCUAUUGGAAAACAACUUGCGAAAAUUUUGGAGUCAAUAUCCGCGCCCCCUGCCUUUGCUGCAGAAUUUCCUCCCAUGCUGGGAAAAUCUAUUGGGCCAAUCUUGGAAGCCCACUCCACGGGCUCCAUCCGUAUCACAGCUGAUAUGAUCCAAAUUGGCGAUUACUGCUAUUCCUUGCAGAAGAACAAAGAAAAUGGAUCUGCACUCUCCAGCAGUAUGGUGAGUAAUAUACCUAAAAGAACUACUGCCCUGGAGCCAAUCAAAAAGAUACAACAUGGCGCAAUGUCGUUGGUGCUUCGUGGUGGGUUUUGUCUGUUCUUCCUGUCAGCGGUGAUUUUGAUUUUUAGUUGUAAGCUACGCACCUGGAUUUACAGCAGGUAAGUGGGCAUCUAUAUAUGACAGCGUUCGACUUCAUCAGCAUUAGGUGGUUUUAAGCUAUAUAACAUUUUGCUUCAUUAUAACUGAUAUGUGGCCGUAGUUAUGUAAAUUACUAAAUAUUUUGUAAUUAGUGUUGCGGGAUGAACUCGACCUUGUUGUUAUUGUUGUUUGUUUUGGUUUUUUAAAUUGUGGGCUUUAUGACUUUAUGAUCCUGCUGUCAUGACGACGUUAGGCGAAGUCUUUGGUUGAAUGAUGAUUACUAGAGGGUGGAUAUUUGUUUAAAUGUUUGAUUGAUGAAUGCAGAUGUGCCGUCGACCUUUUUAA